GGUGUCAUGAAUGUGAAGCUCAAGCAUUCCGGAAAAAUUUUCCUAAUUGGACGAGUGAAAACAAAGAACUCGAUGAAAUUAUUCAAAGUUCUCAACUUGACGCAACAAGAUAUGAUAAAUAUUUUGAAUGGAUCGAUUAUGAUCGAUUUAAAAAGAUAGAAUUUAUUAUACAAGGUUCAUAUUGUAAAAUUUAUAUUGCAACUUGGUUAGAUGGAAUAAGAGAAAAGUGGGAUAACGAAUCUCGACAAUGGUUAAGAACAGGUCCAGUUCAAAUAAUUUUGCGAGAAUUUAGGUCUAAAUCAACCAUUAAAAAUCUCAAGUUACAUUUAGAAUUUGAAAAUGCUAUAUGUUGUUAUGGAUUUACUCAAAAUCCUGAAACUAAAUGUUAUUAUAUGGUAUUAAAAUAUGCGAAUUGUGGAAAUUUUCGGGAAUAUUUAUGGAAAAAUUUUCCAUGUAAUUGGCUUAAAAGAUUAUCAAUAUUACAAAAAAUUGUAGAAAAUCUUAAUAAUAUUCAUAAGAAAAAUUAUAUACAUCGUGAUUUGUAUCCAGGAAAUAUAUUAAUUCAAGAAGAUAAUAGGGAGGAUAAUUGGGAACAACAUAAUGUAGAAGUAUAUAAUUCCGAAUUGGAUUCAUGUGCCAAUUUGAAAUCUCCAAUAGAACAACAACAAUAUGGUAAUUUACCAUAUGUUGCUCCAGAAGUUAUAGUAGGAAAUGGAAACAUAACUUCUAUUAAAUCAGACAUAUAUAGUAUUGGUAUUAUAAUGUGGGAAUUAGCAUCAGGAGAUGAACCAUACUCUGAUCGUGAAAUCGAUAAUGAGGAUGAAUUAAUUCUUGAUAUAAUUAAUGGAGUACGUCCAAAUGAUGUAAUUGGAACUCCAAAAUGCUAUUAUGAUUUAAUGCAAAAAUGUUUAGAUGCUGAUCCAGAAAAACGACCCACUACUUUAGAACUACUUGAAGAACUUAAAACAUUUAUUUCAAUUCCACUAAAAAAACACCAGUUUGAAGCUGCUAAUUUUAAAAGACGUAGUCAACCUCUUGGGGCUAGACCUAAUCAAUUAUCUAAAGAUAAUGUAGAAAUAUUUGUAGAAUCGAUUAGUGUUAUAGAAGCUUAUAAAACUUGUUUUAGAUUUACCAACAAACCUCUUCAGCUCGACUUUAUCUUAUCUGAACCAAAAAAUGCUAGCGAAAAAAGUUUAUAUUUUAAUGAUCAAGGUUUAUUGGAAUGCCAAUUAAAAAGAAUAGAUUUGUGAAGGUUUUUACAAUAUAAGAAAUUUAUAAUAGAUUUUUUAUUUAUUUACGUUUAAAAA